AUGAACGGUUAUUAUCGGAGCGGACCACGUUUUGAUCGUAUCGAUCAAGAUGAAGUUCCCGAAAGCAAGCACACCGUAUUUAUUAGAGGCCUUCCUGGACAUAUUAAAACAGAUGAAGUGAAGGAUUUUUUCGAAGACCAUGUUGGGCCGUGCUCAUUUGACUUUAUCAAGCUUUCGCAGGAUCAACUGAAACUAUUUGUGGCAGUGCGUUUCGAAACGCGUGAUGCUGCAAAAGAAUGCAUGCAUAAAUACAAAGAUGGUGAUGUUCUUGGUUACCCGGUUGAAAUGACCUGGUUUCGGGACAUACGACGUUAUGUGUCGUAUCAACAAAGUCAAGGUCUUCGACCUGCUAAAGUUCCUCGUAAUCGGGGUUAUACUGGUCGCAAUCGGAAUAGCUACGAUCGUUCGUCAAGAAAUGAUUACAGAGAUGAUGAUGAUUACGAUAAGGGGAGCAAAAGAAAGUGCGCAUCGUCGGAUGAUGAAGGCUCUAAAAAAUCUCGCUCAUCCAAUAGUUCAUCGCGAUCGCCAAGUCGUAGUCAGCUUCAUUCAUCACAUGAACGUUCAGCGAGCCCUGGUAGUCUCAGAAGUCGGCGUAGUGAAAAAUCUCACCAUUCCCAAUCUCGCGCAUCUUCAUAUUCGGCACUGGUUCAUGAACGUCCUUCUUCACCAGCUCCACCAGCUUCGUCUCCACAAAUUAAGCGAGAGGCCAUUGAAAAAGGUGAAACUCCACCGCUUCCACCACUACCUCCUCCGCCAAAUGCAAAAUCCGAUGACGUGGAACCGAAAAAAUCAAGCCCGAGUGGUUCGCAGUCUCCCGCUGAACGCAAAUCUCGAAAAUCGAAAAAAGGCAAGAAGAAGCGUCGACGUCGUAGCCCAUCAUCAAGUUCCCCCAAUUCAGUUAAUGAACACACAUCCGAUGAACUUAGUGAGAGCGAGCUCCGGAAAAAAAUUUUAAAAAAACGAAAAGAAGUUUUAAAAGACAUCGAAGAAGGUUUGAAGCCGGUAGUAAAACCAACUUUGGGGAAAUGGGAAGAGCAGGAAGCGGAAACAACACUACUACAAAAUACCACAUUAAAGUUUGGUUUAGAAAGCACGGAGGAUGUGCCAAAACGAGUUUUGCGUGAUACAGCCCAUCAAUUUCAACCCUCAAAACAUGUAAUUUCCCAGAUGAACGUAAACAAACUUGAUGGGAUUGGAAUGCAUUCUACAAUGCCGCAAGCAGCAGGAAUUGAAAAUUCAUUCUCGUGUAAGAAAGGAGCCAAAGAAUUAGGAAAACAGCUGGAUCUACCGAAAGGCGAAGCACCAUCGGGUGCAUUAUUUGCAAGCGAUAUUGAUGCCUUUUUGGGAAAACGUGAACAGAUUGGUCCAGUGAAUGAUCUCAAAAACACACAGACCAAUGUAUUCGGAACAGCUCGUGGACAGCAGUUGAUUUCGUUUUUUGAUGAUGCUAAUGAUACAUUGCAACCCGCGCAAGGAACCCUGCGAUUAAGCUCGCUAACGCGUCAGUUAAAUGCAGAAACGGAACGUGAACGAAAGCUUGCUCGUUUACCACCGGAAGUGCUUACUAAGUACACGACGAAGAAAAAACAACUUGAAGGGGCAUUUAAAGCAGAUCGAGAGACGUUUGGCUUUGUUACGAAGAUGCUGAUCGAGAAAGAUCCAGGUCUGGAAGAUCGUCUUUGGUUAGCGCUUGCUGAAGCAAUAAAAGAUAUGGAAGAAGCAUUCACUCGAAAAAUGGACCACUAUCUUGAUCAAUUAAUUAUGUUCAUUUCCAUGUGA